UAUACUUUCCAGGAACAUUGUAGCUAGUCAGCAUCGAUGGUUCCAUAGCAUAGGUACAUGACAUGACCUACAAAGCAGCAUGCUCUCUGAAGACUGUCUGGAUGCUACAUACUACGAAUAUUGCUCGGGAACAUGUGCUACUUCUUCAAGGCUGUCUGCGCCGGCGGCCUGCACACUAUCGCAGCACAGAUAAGCCCACGGCUCUAACUUCCAUUACAUGCACAUCCUCUUCCUCCGCUCUACAAGCUCCCCCUCACAGCACCCUCGCAUCACCUUCCACGCCCCGCUUUAUACCUUGCUGCCACGCGUCCGCGUCAAACCCAGCGCCCGCAAAGUCCGGCACCCCACCCCAACGCCGCUGCGAUGCACCGGACACGGCUCGCAAACGGGCCUUCCAGCGGGCUCGGGGCUUUUUUGAAGACGCGGGACGGGACGGUAGGAGCACUUGCGCACGGAGGUGCGUGGUCCCGGGACGGGAUGGGGACGUGCGAGCCAGGUGGCUGAUGCGGCCUGAGGCAUGAGGAGGGACUGUGCUGUGGGCGUGUGGGUGCUGACGCGUGUGGGGGACGGGAUGGACUGGCGCGUGAAGGAGUGUUGCAGAGACAUGCAAGAGUUUGCAGGACGGCAAGAAGCUGCAAGAAGAGGGUUGCGGUGAUGAUUUUGCAAGCAACCGCGACUUUCAAACGAACAGGGAUUCGUCGGCGGGAUGUGUGCAUCGACGGUAUCACGAAGUCAAGCAGAAAAGGCAC